GAGUGGUUGUUAGAGAGGUGGGAGGGCCAGUCUUGUGCUGUAUAAAUAUAGGACUGUGACGGACACUGAGCGUGAAAAGAAGAGUCCAACGACAUUCGAGGAAACUCAGAGCAACAAUUUUAAGAGGAGGAAGAUCUGCAAUGGCUCACCACAAGAGUGUGUUUACUGAUGUGGAUGUGAGAAGUCAUGAAAACAACUUGGCUCACCGCACCAGGGAAAUUGAUCGGGAGCGCCUGAUUGUCCGCAGGGGUCAGCCCUUCUCCAUAACUUUGCAGUGCUCUGGCCCUCUGCCCGCCAAACACUACCUGGAACUGAAACUGCGCCUUGGUAAGAAGGAUGAGGUGGUGAUCACGGUUCAGAAUGAGCGUGGGGCUGGAGACAAGUGGUGGUUUAACCAACAAGAAGCGCAGGGUGAGAUUGUGCUGACUCUGCACAGUCCAGCGGAUGCCAUCAUUGGCCACUAUCACCUGGCAGUGUUGCUGCUGGCACAUGACAGACACACGGUGGAAAGGAUCGACAAAGUCACCUUCCACAUGCUCUUUAACCCCUGGUGCAAAGAUGAUGUGGUGUACCUCCCCGAUGAGAGUCUCCUCCAGGAGUACAUAAUGAAUGAAGAUGGAGUGAUUUACCAGGGGGCCUGGGACUACAUCCGAAGUAUUCCCUGGAAUUAUGGACAGUUUGAAGACUUCGUGAUGGACAUCUGUUUUGAAGUCUUGGACAACUCCAAUAAUGCCCUGAAAAACUCAGUGAUGGACAUGGAACACAGAUUUGACCCUGUUUAUGUCAGCAGGAUCAUAGCGGCAAUGGUCAACUCUAACGGUGACAGAGGUGUGCUGGCCGGUCGAUGGUCUGAGCCGUACGCUGAUGGAGUCCCACCAUAUCACUGGACUGGCAGCGUCAAGAUCCUCCGACAGUGGAGCAAGGCUGGCUUCAGGGCGGUCAAAUAUGGCCAGUGCUGGGUGUUUGCUGCUGUCGCCUGCACAGUGAUGCGCUGCCUGGGAAUCCCAUCACGUGUCAUCACCAAUUUUGAUUCUGCCCAUGAUGUUGAUGGAAACCUCUCUAUGGACAUUAUGCUGAAUGACAGACUGGAACCAGCCGAGACAAAAGAUAGCAAAUGGAACUUUCACUGUUGGAUUGAGUCCUGGAUGAAGAGAGAUGAUCUCUCCAAAGGAUGUGACGGCUGGCAAGUUUUGGACCCUACCCCUCAAGAACGGAGUGAAGGUGAGUUUCGCUGUGGUCCGUGUCCAGUGACAGCCAUCAAGGAGGGAAAACUGGACUUAAAGUAUGAUGCUCCGUUUGUAUUUGCUGAGGUGAAUGCUGACAUCGUCUACUGGGUUGUCCAACGAGAUGGCCAACGGAGGAAGAUCAAGGAGGACCAGAAAUCUGUGGGAAAAAACAUCAGCACCAAAAGUCCUUAUGGUAACUACAGAGAAGAUGUCACUUCACACUACAAAUAUCCUGAAGGCUCCAGGGAGGAGAGGGAAGUGUAUGGGAAGGCAGGACAUCGGGUCACAGGGGCGGUCGAGGAGAACACAGAACCGGGACAACUGCAGCUCUCAAUCAAGCAUGCAAAGCCUGUAUUUGGGACAGACUUUGACGUGAUAGUUGAGGUGAAGAAUACAGGAAGCAAAGAGGCUCAUGCUCAGCUGACUAUGGUGGCCACGGCUGUUACUUACAAUUCCAUCCACCGGGGAGAAUGCCAGAGAGAAUCAAUCAACGUCACUGUUCAGGCUCACAAAGUCCACAAGCAAGUUCUGCGUCUGCACUACGACCACUAUGUCAAGUGUGUGUCUGAGCAUCAUGUGAUCAGGGUGAAGGCGCUCUUGGACGUAUUAGGGGAAAAUGAACCCAUCAUGAACGUGGUCAACAUCCCACUCAGCAAGCCUGAACUCCUCGUAGAGGUGCCUGGAAUGGCUGUUCUAUGGGAAAAAGUAACAGCCCAUGUCUCCUUUACCAAUCCACUACCAGUCCCGCUGAAGGGUGGCGUUUUCACUGUGGAGGGGGCCGGCCUACUGCCAGCGACUGAGAUCCCUGUUAUCGGUGAUGUAGCUCCAGGCCAGAAAGUGUCUGUCAAGUUCUCCUUCUCACCAAUGCGGGCCGGGGUGAGGAAGCUCAUGGUGGACUUUGACUCUGACAGACUGAAGGACGUUAAGGGAGUUGGCACUGUGGUCGUCCGCAAGAAAUACACCCGUCCAUUUUAUGAAAAUCUCAUAAUGUACUGAGACAGAUAACAGACGCUUCUUCUUUUUUUUUUAAUUUGGAUCUUUCAAAUAAUUAUUCCUGAUUGAAAGAUGAUUGAAAAUGAAAUGCACUUUUUGUUCUAUUGUCCAAUGUAUCACAAUGUUUUCGCAAGAUAUCAGCAGAAAAAAAUUUCACCUUACUUUGUGAUGCUACCAACAACGUACGAGGUCUCUUUAUGUUUGAUGUGUUUCAAGGACCAGACUGUUUUUUCUAUUGUGUGCUAUGUGCAGUGUAUCACUAUAAUUGUUCAUUGCCUUGUCUGUUAUGCGUGUACUGUCUUGUAAGUCCAUGUGGGCUGGACACCUUUGAAACAUAAAUUUUACUUUACAUACUACUA